CUAGCAUUUGGUAACGUGAACCGUGUGGAAGUGAUCCAGUCCACAGUGUCAUGAUGAAGAUCCUGCUGCUGUUGCUAGUUUUUGUUUGUGUGUUGUAUAUUUUCCAUCGCUAAAUAGUGUAGCUUUUCUUAAGCCAUGAGCCGACCGCGAGUUUUGGUAACCCAUCAUCAGGUGCAGCCGGUAGCAUUGGAGUUACUGCGCGAACACUAUGACGUGAUCGUACCCCAGGUGGACUUUCCAUCCCGUGCUAAAAUUCUUGAACUCUGUCCGGGUAUUGAUGGACUUCUGUGGACCAACUACAAGCUGAAACUCGAUCGAGAGGUGUUGGAUGCAUGUGGGCCUCAGCUGAGAGCAAUUUCGGUUACGAUGAAUGGUGUGGAUUGUGUGGAUACUGAAGAACUGACCAGAAGGAAAAUUCCCCUUGGACACACACCGUUCAUCCCAAAUAAUGCCGUAGCGGACUUGGCGAUUGGCCUGAUGGUUGCCGCAAAUGAUGGAUUGUUGCGAUUCUGCGGCGGUCGUUACUCUCGCCAAUCUAUCCAAGGUUCCACUGUUGGCAUUGUUGGAUUCGGUGGUAUUGGACAGGUGGUCGCCCGACGAUUACAAGGGUUCAAUAUCGGCACAAUUCUCUACAGCGGUCGAAGUCCUAAAACCAGUGCUGAUAGAUUUAAUGCCCAGCACGUUCCAUUCGAGGAGCUUCUUGCACGUUCCGACAUUAUUUUCAUUAGCUGCCCUUUAAACGAGGCCACUCGCGGGUUGUUUGAUCGGAACGCAUUUGCAACGAUGAAAUCCUCCGCCAUUCUGAUCAACAUUUCACGCGGUGCGAUAGUCGAUGAGCCCGCAUUGAUCGAUGCUUUAAAAAGUGGUCAAAUAAGAGCGGCAGGAUUAGAUACGGUAACUACGGAACCAUUCACACCAGACAGUGAACUGUUUCACCUACCCAACUGUGUGAUUGUACCACAUUUGGGAACGGCCACGAAAAGAACGCGGGACGAAAUGGCAGUACGGGCAGUGGAAAAUUUAAUCCAUGGACUGCGAAAUGAAACGAUGCCAUCACAGUUUCAGUAAAACGAAACGCCACUACUAGGUUUACCACAUAUCAAAGGCACUUUAAUGGUGUAAAACGAUGUUCAUUGAUUACAAAUACUAGUAAAGAUGGAUCUCCAUUGCUUCCCAACAUAA